UCGAACAUGUCCAGUCUGUUUGAAAAGGUGUAGCUCGAUGGAUCUGAUUAAUAAGUUUUCAUCAUCCUCAUUUGAGCCAGAGACCGUCUGCAGGUUGCACAACGAGGAACAAACCUAUUUUUGUUUGGACCACCAGGAAGCUGUGUGCCGAAUGUGCAGACAUGCUCCAAUCCACGCCAGCCAUAAAUUCCUCCCGCUCAAUAAAGUUGUGCGAGAUCGUAGAAAGAACCUCCUGAAAGACCUGCGGAAAGCAAAAAACAGACUGGAAGAUUAUGGCUAUACGAGAACCAGUUGGAAUGAACAUUCUGAGUACAUCAAGGUCCAGAGUGACCAGAUUGAAAGGAAGAUUAAGAAGAAUUUUGCUGAGCUCCAUCAAUUCCUACAGGUUGAGGAGGAGGUCAGAUUGUCUGCUUUGAGGAAGGAAGAGCAAAAGAAGAAUCAGUUGAUGACGGAGAGGAUUCAGACUCUCAGCAGAGAAAUGGCCGCUCUUUCAGACCUGAUCAGAAGCACAGAGGAGCACCUGAAAUCUGACCACGUUUCAUUCGUGAACAACUCCCAGGUUGCGACGACCAGGAUCCAACAGCUGCCUGUCUUACCCGAGCAGCUUCCAAGAGGAAUGCUGCUGGAUGAAGUCAAACAUGUGGGCAACCUUAAAUUCGACGUUUGGAAGCGAAUGAAGGAGAUAGUGAAUUAUACUCCUGUGAUUCUGGACCCAAACACGGCCAAUCGAGCGCUCAAUCUGUCUGAAGAUCUCACCAGCAUUAAUGCUACAGUUGGAGAGCAGCGCCCCAAGAAUCCGGAAAGGCUGAAGUGGAACGCUGUGCUCGCUUCUGCUUUGGACUCAGGAGCACACGUCUGGGAUGUUGAGGUGGGAGACAACACUGACUGGCGACUUGGGGUGGCGUGGAUGGGCUCUCCAUAUACAGUCUUCACAUGGGACAUUGGACUUUACAAUAACAAAUACUCAAUGCUUCAACGACCAUUUGAAUUCCGGAAUCCAUCGAUAAAACUGCGGAGGAUCCGAGUUCAUGUGGACACUAACAAGAGGUCACUCUCGUUUUCGGAUUCGCUUACAAACACUGUAUUAUUUACAAAGGACAACAUUUCCACUUGGCCACAUUUGUCUAGUCAGCGGAAAAUGUAUCCUUUCUUUUACACAGGGGAUAAAAGUCCGCUAAAAAUAAUACCAGUUACACUUAGUGUUACUCCAGAAAGUCAGUGAUGAUGUUGAAGAUCAUCAUGCUCCCAGUCAGGAGAUAAGAUAUUGAGCUUUUUAAGCUUUGUUAUAAUGUCGUCUUUGAAACAUUUCUUUUGUCCCUACAGACUUUGUUUUGGGAGAUAAAGGUCAGACAUACGAAUAGUAGUAGUGGUGAUGCAAAGUAUCUUGGCCUUCGCUACAUGUUUGUACGCCGGUCCUCCCAUUUAAUUCUCAGGAUCUUUCUCAAAGUUCUUAGAAUGUGUUGCUCCAGAGUUCUAAGGUGUCUGCCCCAUAUAGCAAGGUGGGGAGAACCAGGAACUCAUAGAAGCUCUGUGUCAGUCCUGAGAUCUCGGUCUUCAAGACCCUCAUCUUGAGUCUGGCAUAUGCUCCAUUGGCAAAGCUCAGACGAUGGUUGACCUCAGAGUCAAUUUAGAGGAAAGAAGAAAGCAGAUACGAUGUUGAAGAUACACACAACAACACCCAGGAAAUACUAAUUGCUAGACUAUUAAAUCAUUUGCUCCCAAAAAUGUAUAAAUAUGUUCUAUUUUUAAUUGUUUCAGUGUUCUAAAGACGUAUUUAUAGGUGUUUUACGUUUUUUUUUUUAACAAGCGACAUCUCUAGGUUCUGAUUAAACUUAGCUCCAAAGCACAAAGCUGAAAAUCCCUUUAAAGCAAUAAAACUGGCCACUGGAGGGCAGUAGCGCAUUUGGUAAGACCCCCAACUCGAUUCAACGGAACGAACGGCUGGGCGCACGGCCGGGGCGCCGGCGGAAGACGUCCAGGAUGCCAGGCGGAGGACGACCGAGCAGAACGACCGGGACCACCAGUGCAGCGGACGAUGCCAUUGAGUCUGUGCUGGAAAGACUCAAAAAAAUCCAUCUUUAUGAGACAGGCGGCGAUGAAGGAAAAGUUUACCCGGCCGUCGCGGCCACAACAGCGUCAUCUCUCAGUUAGUUAUGUGUAAAUAAAUUGUUAGUUUGCUAUCAAAAGCUCUAUAGUUGUUUAUGUUAUUUUGUAAAAGGAAAACAUCAUUCAGAUGGUUGGGAUGUAACUUAGGCAAAAAAAUAGCUGUGUUAAAGUCAAAGUUCUGUUUGAAAUGUAUGCUUUCACAAAAAGCUCAAUUUCUCAGUUUUUUCAUCAGAAAUUGGAAAAUUGCUCAAACUAAGCUAUUUUCUAAUGCUGAUUUCUAAAGAAUGGAAAAAGAUAUGAACUAACUUUUUUUCCUGCUGAAAGAAGAGAGUCUAAUCUUUCUUUUGGUGGGUUUCAUGUUUAUAUAGCAAUAGAACAGAAUUUUCUGUGGGCCUUGCAAAAUCAGGCAAAAUCCAGUAAAACGGCCGGGAGCGAAGGGGGUUGCACCGGUGAAAAUGGCUGGUAGUGAAUGAGUUAAUUUACUGUCUGCUACUCAGUGUAAUUUUGUAUUUCAAUAUCGUUCCCAGGGCUAUUUAACAAUUAUUAACUUGGUCUGUGUACUGCAUAAUAGUGUUGUAGAGAUAUUUACUUGCUCAUUUUACUUGAUUGAAUUCUAUAUUGUUUGUCUUCUUUCUGACUUUCUUUGGAUAAGAUAA